AUGAAUGAAAUCUUUCCAUACCUUGUACCAACUGAUAAUAGUUUUACAGAGUAUUGUGGCUAUAUAGUUUGGAAUAAUAAACAAUAUCCUGUAGAGAUUGGAUUUGCAAAGGAAAAGACGACGAUUGAAGAAUGUAAAUUUAAUUGUUCCGAAGAGUUGAGUGAAAUACUAUCACCUUUUUUACCAACUAUCAAGAAUAGAUUACAACAAUCAAAUGAUACUCAAUCUUUUUUAUUAGAAUUUAAAGAUAUAUUGAAUAGAAUAAAAACACAAAAAGAAAAUGAAAAAGAAUCAUUAAAGAAUGUAUUACCAUUUGAAGUAUAUACAUUGGUAUUAAGAGAGAUUGAUCAAAUAGGAUGGAACAGAGUAUUAUCGAUUGACAAGUCAUUUUGUAAUAUGGAGAUUGUCAUUAGAGAUCAAGCAAACAGAGAUGUAUUGGUAGAUAUAGCCGUACCAAGUAAUUAUCCAGUUGGUAUGCCAUUGGUUAAAUGUCUUUUACCGUGUAACAUUGUUCCACCAAUGAUGGAGAGAGAUUCAAAGUAUAGUUUACCAAAUAUCAUAGACUACAUUCAAGCAAUCGUAGUCAAACAUCAAACAUUCUUUGACGUGAUGGAUGAGAUUGACAAGUCUGUUUGGGUCAUUGAACCAGAGAAACCGAAUCGAUCACAUAUCACUCGUAGAAUUGUUGUAGCAAACAACUGCACACUGCUCAUCAACAUCAACCCAAUCAACCCUCGUUCAUUCCCAGAUUUUCAAUGUGCGAUUUGUUAUUCUCAUCGAUUAGUGUCAGAAGAUAUCAACAACAACAACGCUUCAUCCACAUCAUCCUCUGGUACGAUACCUGAUAAAACAUGUAACAAUAUCCAAUGCAAUCGACAAUUCCAUCGAGUUUGUCUUUUGGAAUACUUUAAGACUUUACCAAAUUCUAGAAGUGCAUUCAAUUCAACAGUGGGCGAUUGUCCUUAUUGCCAAACUCAAUUAUCUUGUCAAACAAAUUAA